CGGUCACGCUGCGUUCAUUGAAUAACCCGCCCGGACUGUUUUAUUGACGCAAGCGUACUGAGGCCCAACAAAGGGCCGAAAUAAGAACGGUUUUUAAGUGAAUCUGAUGUAUUUAUGUCUUAAAAAUGGUGAAAUCUGUGAAGUGGCGUUUGGAAGUUAGAGUAUUUGCAAUUUCAAAUCAUGACCGAGGCAUCUGAAAAUGACUAUCUGGUGCGCGUGCGGGCGCAGGUCAUGUGUAGGGAUGAAGGUACUGGGGGAUGGAUGGCGUUGGGCGGUGGCGGCCUCGCUGAUGUUAUGGUGUGUCGGCGCGGACCAGGUAGUACAGAAUCGACGAGCGAGACAUCUCAAUCGCAUAAUGGCGCAAAAGUAUCCCAGACCGAGUACUACAUUCAUGGCAGGCGAAUCAGCGAUAAUAUGCUUGUCCUUGAUUGCACAGUCAAAGACGAUUUCCAGUACCACAAAGUAAUGCCAACGUUUCACCACUGGGUGUCCGAUGAGAAAAAGUUCGGUCUGACCUUCCAGACCGCUGCUGACGCAAGGGCCUUCGACAAGGGAGUCCGUAUAGCAGUCAACGAUUUGUACCGCCUGGGAGGCGCGUGGCCUACAAUGUACGGGUACGAAGAGAAAAAGACCGAAAUGAAGCCGAAGGAGGAUGACGAGGAAAAUAUAUUCGAGGUUAGUUCGUGUUCCAAGUUUACCAUAAAAUAUCAUAUAAUCACUGCAGUCCUUAAAAUUCUAUUGACUUUGUAUUCUCGACCGUACCUAUCGGUCUCCUUGUCUUCACAACUAUACGUCAUUUUGGCAAAAUUGUUUAUGCUGUUACAUUUGAAAAUUAUUAAUUUAAAUGAGUGGAAAUGAAGAGGUUAAUGUUCUGUUUUAGAGGAUUUUACAAAAUCCUCUUCUUAAACCCA